AAACCACAACCGUAGCUCUCUAUUUCUCUUUGUUUUACUUAGCUAGAUAAAAGCGAUCGAGAUCAUCGUCCACUUGCAGCUCAGGAGUUUUUUUUUAAUUUUUUUUUAUAAACUACCGUCUAUUUUAGCGACUUUUAUUUCAUUGUUGGACAAAACUAAGCGCUCUGAAUGAUCUGAUUGUUCUUGUUUUAAAGAUCAGACGGCUUAAAUUAGAGAGCUUUAAACGUCUCUCAUCUGGUUUUAGGCACGGAGCCACGUACUGCAGUGCAGCAGCCGUUAGCCGCUAGCUGCUGCUAGAGAAAGGGGGGACUGCGCAAAAAAACCCACGGUCAGGAUUUGUGCCUGCGUGACGUCAUGGGGAUCCAAAGGGCUCUCUGACAGUAUCUAGCAACGCCAAGCACCGAUGGAAGAAGUGUGUGUGUGUGUGUGUGGAAGGGGGAUACAUGAUCAUCAUCGUUCAGCCGAGGUGUCGAAGAGCGACUCUUUGCCACACACUGUCCGGUGAAGAAGCGAUCUAGGCUCGGAGAUUUUGGCUUUGGUCCACCAUGAGAGCGCUUCCCAUCUGUUAAAGCGACUGCUACCUUUAUUUUUUAUUUUAUUUUUUUUGUUAGAGAGAGAGAGAGAGAAAAAACCCCCACUUAUACACUGAGAGAGACAGAGAGAGAGAGGACGGAUAAGCAGCCAGACAACAACUACACUAAUCCCCGGGACGGUCACAUUCACGGCGGAGGCUCGGAGCCGACAGAAAUGUACAGGGGCCGCACGAACCGGAUUAAAUGGUAGCGACUAAAGAGCCGCAGCGCACAAAGCGACCCUGAAGUGUUAUGCCCGUUUGGCCGUGUGGUCUUUAUUUGACUGGAAAUGGGAGCUUUAACGAGCAGACAGAACAUAGGCGUGGAAGAAGUGGACAUUCCGUCCAAUUCGGUGUAUCGUUAUCCGCCGAAAUCUGGGAGUUACUUCGCCAACCACUUCAUCAUGGGAGGGGAGAAGUUUGACUCCACCCAUCCGGAGGGGUACCUAUUCGGGGAAAACACAGAUCUCAACUUCCUGGGGAGCAGACCAGUAUCAUUCCCGUAUGCAGCUCCUCCACCUCAGGAACCAGUAAAGACGCUACGAAGCCUUAUAAACAUUCGAAAGGACACGCUGCGGCUCGUGAGGUGUAGUGAGGACCUGAAGUUGCCAGGCGACGAGGCGGCGGGAAAGAACAGGGCGUGCUAUAACGUAGAGUUCACCUUCGACGCCGACACACAGGUUGCCAUCACCAUUUACUACCAGGCCAUUGAGGAGUUUCACAACGGAGUGCCAGUUUACCUGCCACAGGACAGCUCGCUGCAGUCGGAAACGGUGCAUUUUAAGAGGGGAGUUUGCCAACAGUUCUGUCUGCCCUCGCACACCGUCAACCUCAGCGAAUGGGCGGACGAGGAGCUGCUGUUUGAUAUGGACAAGGAGAUCUUCCCUAUGGUCGUCCAGGCUGUCGUAGACGAGGGAGAAGAACAUUUGGGCCACUCUCACAUCCUACUGGCUACAUUUGAAAAGCAUAUGGAUGGGAGUUACUGUGUAAAACCUCUGAAGCAGAAGCAAGUGGUGGAUGGAGUUAGCUACCUGCUGCAGGAGAUCUAUGGGAUCGAGAACAAAUACAACAGUCAGGAAUCAAAGGUGGCUGACGACGAGAUCAGCGACAACAGUGCCGAGUGCGUAGUGUGCUUGUCUGACGUGCGAGACACCCUCAUCCUCCCGUGCAGGCACUUGUGUCUCUGCAACGCCUGCGCAGACACGUUGCGCUACCAAGCAAACUGCUGCCCUAUCUGCAGGCUGCCCUUUAGAGCUCUGCUGCAAAUUCGAGCAAUGAGGAAGAAGCUCAGUCCUCUGUCACCCACCAGCUUUAACCCCGUCAUCACCUCCCAGACGUCGGAUUCAGAGGAACAUUCGCAGGCGUCCGAGCAUAUCCCGCCUGGCUAUGAGGCCGUUUCUCUCCUGGAGGCGCUGAACGGCCCCCUGAGCACGUCCUCGGUGGUUCCUCCUCCUCUCCAUUCGGGUCCCAGCCACGUCACCGGGGUGUUGCCACCGUAUAGCAGCGAGCCCCAACCAGCGCCGACCCGUUCCCUUUUGCCUCUCGACCAGUCCAACUCCAGUCAGGGAUUAAAACUAAAAAAGAGCGGUUCAAAAUCACUUUCCCAGAAUUCCUCUGUGCUUCCGGAAGAGGAGGACGAGAAAUCUUGCAGUGAAUCAGAUGCGUGUCGUCCCAAACUGGCAGUGGACCAGCAGGAGUGCGGAGUGACUCCAGACAGCGAGAACCUGACUCUCUCCUCAUCGGGAGCCAUCGAUCAGUCGCCCUGCACCGGCACCCCCCUCUCCUCCACCAUCACCUCCCCUGAAGACCCGGUGAGCAGCAGCCUGGCCCAGUCAGUAAUGUCCAUGGCCUCGUCCCACUCGCAGCACUCUCACAUCAGUGCUGACACCAUGUCCUCCAUGUCAGGGUCCUACCUGGUCGGGGCCGAAGCAGAGCCUGUGGGGGCCGACGAGGUGGGCGAGGUGGACGGCGAGGAGGACCGAGACGCUCCCAUGGAGAGCCGAGCUGCACCGCAGCAGGACGGGGAGUUUUCUAGGGAGUCAAAGGGACACAAUUACUCUAUGGCUGUAGAGGAGCAGGAUUCAGAGGGAAAUGAUGUAACAGAAGAGGAUUGCUCCUCUCCAUCCAAUGGGAAAGGUGGGCGGAGCAGGUGUCCAGAGUUGGCCAAUAACAAUCAGGGCGUCGCCCACUGUGACACGCCCUCUUUGGGGUUGGAUAAUGAGCAGGCUCCCGACAGCCGAUUCGCCGACUUCAUGUAUCUCAGGGGCUUCCGGCCUGCUCUGGAUCCGCUCUCACACCACAUCUCCACCAGCAACAUUAACCUGGCGGAGCAGGGGGCGGAGAACAGGGACGGCCAGAGUCCCAAACAUCCCCGCCGCGGACCGCUCAUCGUGUAACCAGUCUAAACCGCCCCGCCCAAUCAGCCCCCCGCCCACCCCGCCCACAGGACUGUGGGAACCCGACCAUCCGUCUCAAGAUUUCUGUCGCCGCUGGAAACCGGCUGGAGUAAAACGAGGAAGGAAGAGGAAUCACAUUUUACAUUGUUGGUGCACUUUUAUCACACGUUUUCCUUGUUUUAUCGUCAGUGACUAUUUCUGGGAAUGAUUAUCCUUCUGCUAUUUUAUUAUUUAUUACCUGUAGGGUUAUAUGAGAGCUCUGUAUUGUGUUGGUGUCUUUAGAGAAAUACAUGCUGCUCCUCUUUCUCUACCUUCUUCCUUCCUUCCUACUGAUCUACCAGCCAAACAGUCAGGGGCUACUGUGAUCGGCAAUCUUAUUACUACUAACUUCUUCCUCUGUGUUAGAAACUGUGCUAUGAGUGAGUGGUGGGACACUUUGACACUAAACAUCCGCUCUCACUGGAUUACCUUACCGAAGUCAAACAACGCUGACCCCUCGCUUCGGACCAGGGAGCUUCAUUCUCAACCUUCGCAUGCAGCUUUUCACGUUUUUCCUUCCAUUCCCGCCACGCUUUAGAAACUCCUGAAUGUAAAUUUAGAAGAAGAAGAACAUUUUUUGAUGGCUGAGCCAAGAAACGGUGGCCAAAAUAACCUGGAAAAAUAGACAUAUAAGGUAGAAUGUAGAACAGCGACAGUGGAUUUCAUGGAAAGGGGAAUAUUCAGACCGUAAAUCUUCACUUAAACUGGAAAUAAAUCCAAACUUUGAUACACAACCUUCCAUCUCCAUCCUCUCCUUCAUUUUAGCAUGUCAGUAUUAAUGUGGUGCAACAGCAAGUACGACCAAGCAAUAAAAAAACUUGCACCUCCAUCUUUUCACCUCCUGCACUAGUUCUUAGAGUGGACUGUGUUUGCACUGGCCUAUUACACUUCAAACCUUUCAGUAUGUUCUAAUUGUCUUCUCCUACUUUGAUGUUGCCAUUAUGAAGGGAAUCAUGGUGAGGAAAACCUCCUGCAGGGCAUUUGAAAAUGAUGUAGCAAGGAUUUUCCUCCACCCUCGUCCUCCCCCGAAACCUCUCCGAUCUUCCCGAUCCGCCCGCCUCCUCUCAUUUGUGAGCCUUUAGUUGUUUUUGGUUUUGUAAAACUUUUGAUGUAUAUCUCACCUGUUGUCAAAUCGCUUGUGUUUUAAUUUUUUGCAGAACACUGUGCUGUUUCUUAGAAUGUGGAUGAAUAUAUAUGAAAAUUUCAUAAAGAGGUUUACAUAAUCGUGCAACCAUAACGGAUAACUCAAGAGGAACAAUAUCUACAAUUAAUGCACUAUUAGCUGACUCCUAGACGACACUUUUUGGUGCAUGAGGUGUUGACAGAAGUAAGCAUGUUAGUCUAGGUCAGCCUGCACCCUCCUGUAGACUUGAUAAUGGACCACUGCACAAAUCUGAAGCGGUACCAUGUCUUUCUGUAGUGCUACAUUUCGAUUGUUGGCGCCCUGUUUCUAUUGGCCUGCUCAGGUCAAGACUUCUGCACUACUAUAACCCAGCUGCAAACAGUCAUGUGAUCACAGUCUGAAUGUGCAGACAGAGCUGCUUUCUGGCACCAGUCUCAGUAUGAUAUCACAGGAAAUUCACAAAACCCCACUUUUCUAGAGUGAAAAUGAGAAGUUGACUUAAACAGACAAUAAAGAUUUUGCAACUAAACGA